CUCGGGCGGGGCGCCCCCAGCAACCGGGCCGCCGCCGAGAAGGAAGAAAAUCGAGCCGAAGCUGCAAGAGCUGCGCCACAGUGAAUACAUAACGGCGCCGAAGGGCAGCAGCGUCGCCCGCCCCGGGGUGAGCAAUUGGCUCGGCUGCGCUCUUGCUCGUUGUGUGUCUCUAACUAUGCGGGGGGGCCGGUUCUCGCCGCAAGUGCUGGCCGCAUGGGCUGCGCUUUCUUAUUUUGGGCCGGGCGGGCGACCGGUGCGCUUGGUUUCGCAUGCCUGCGAAGGGAGGCGCCAGCCUGGGCGCACGCAAUGCAGCCGGCUAUUUUUCGGGGGGCCCAGUCCUCAGCCACGAACCCAUCCCGACGGACUGCGCGCCCAGGCCCGUGUGGCGUAUGGUGUUGCAGGUGGAGUAGUCGCUGCAGCGUUCUACUUGGCUCUGUUUGUGUGUUGCCCACUACCUGCUGCUCGUCUCAUCUCAAGGAUGUAAGUCAGCAACAAACUCAGUCAAUUCUACUAGGCCCAUCGCGAGUUCUUAAAAAAUUAUGGAGAUGGCCCAGGGAAAGCAGCCGUUGCCAGGUAUGUAUAGAAAGACUAAGCUGUCCCCGUGCAGACCCAGAC